AGCGAGAGCGAGCGUGACUGAGACUGAGGGAGAGAGCGAGACAAGAAAGAGCUCGAGCGGACCGCGGGCUGAGAGCGCGAGCGCCAGUGCCAGCGAGUGGGAGAAACUCGGAGAGCCGCCGCCUCGGAAGGAAAUAUACAAUAAGAAGAAGAAACAAUAAUUUAAAAAAUAUUUUGUCUUUCCUCAAGAAACCUUACGAACUGUUAUUCUUCGCCGGGAUUUACACUUCACCCCCCUUCCCACACGUGGUGUGAUUUUCUCGGCGGGUCAAGCCCGGCGGCGGUUGUCUGAGGUAAAAAGUGGAUUUUUAACGGGUGCGAGUUGAGCCGCGAGGUGGAAGGGGGUCGAGCGGGACGAGGCGGCCGGACAGCGGGCAGAGACAUGCGAACGGCCGAGGGACGCGGACACGGUGUCAGCCUAUGAUCGUGUGAACGCGCUGCUGUUGAGGGGGAGUAUAAGGACCCAGGAGGAGCAGUGCCAACCAGGAACAUGGUGCCUCACCAUUGUCCAUCCACAUGCCUCCAUGUGGCAGCCACGUUAGUGCUGCUGGGCUGUAUGGCGCUGACCUCACAUGCGGACAGUUUGCCAAGUUUCAUCAAAUCCCCAGAAGACCAGACCGGGAUUUCAGGUGGUGUUGCCUCCUUUGUGUGCCAGGCAGUGGGUGAACCCAAACCCAGGAUCACUUGGAUGAAGAAGGGGAAGAAAGUCAGCUCUCAGCGCUUCGAGGUGAUCGAGUUUGAUGACGGAUCAGGAUCUGUACUUCGCAUCCAGCCCCUGCGGACGCACCGGGAUGAGGCCAUCUAUGAAUGCACCGCCACCAACAGCAUGGGGGAAAUCAAUACAAGUGCUAAGCUCACCGUGCUGGAAGAGGACCAGAUCCCACAUGGUUUCCCCACCAUUGACAUGGGCCCACAACUGAAGGUGGUGGAGAAGACACGCACGGCUACCAUGCUGUGUGCUGCCAGUGGCAACCCUGACCCUGAGAUCUUCUGGUUCAAGGACUUCCUUCCUGUGGACAUCGGGAGCAGCAACGGGCGUAUCAAACAGCUUCGAUCAGGUGGUACACCAAUCAGAGGAGCGCUGCAGAUCGAGAACAGUGAGGAGUCCGACCAGGGAAAGUAUGAGUGUGUGGCCACGAACAGCGCCGGGACACGCUACUCUGCUCCUGCCAACCUCUACGUGCGUGUCCGCCGUGUCCCGCCCCGCUUCUCCAUCCCCCCCACCAACCACGAGGUUAUGCCAGGCGGCAGUGUCAACCUCACCUGCGUGGCGGUGGGUGCCCCAAUGCCAUAUGUCAAGUGGAUGGCGGGCCUGGUGGAGCUUACCAAGGAGGAUGAAAUGCCCGUGGGCCGCAACGUGCUGGAACUCACCAACAUCCGCGAGUCAGCCAAUUACACCUGCGUGGCCAUCUCCUCGCUGGGCAUGAUUGAGGCCACUGCCCAGAUCACUGUCAAAGCCCUUCCGAAGCCACCCACCUCCCUGAUUGUGACAGAAACCACGGCUACGAGUGUCACGCUUACGUGGGACUCAGGCAAUUCAGAGCCAAUCUCCUACUAUGUGAUCCAGUACAAAGCCAAGGUGUCAGAUAACGGCUUCCAGGAGGUGGACGGUGUGGCCACCACCCGCUACAGUAUUGGUGGCCUCAGCCCUUACUCUGAGUACGAGUUCCGCGUCAUGGCUGUUAACAACAUUGGCCGGGGCCCGCCCAGCGACAUCGUCGAGGCCCGCACAGGCGAGCAGGCACCGUCUUCACCCCCUCUGCAUGUACAAGCACGCAUGCUGAGCUCUAGUACCAUGCUGGUGCAGUGGGAGCCACCAGAGGAGCCAAACGGCCAGAUCCGCGGCUACAGAGUCUACUACACUACCAGCCUGCAGUCGCCGCUCAGCACCUGGCAGAAGCACAACACGGACGACAGUCGCCUCACCACUAUCUCAGGCCUCCAGCCAGACACCACCUACAGCAUCCGAGUGCUGGGCUUCACCUCUGUGGGCGAUGGCCCCCCCUCUGAUGUGCUACAGGUCAAGACCCAGCAGGGCGUUCCAGCCCAGCCCUCCAGCUUUGAGGCCGAAGCGGAACUAGACACCCGCAUCAUGCUGACCUGGUUGUGGCCUGUGCAGGACCCCAUCACCAAAUACGAACUCACCUACUGGGAGGCCAACUCUGACAAUAAGAUCCAUGUGACCUUUGACCCAGCUGGCUCUUAUGCAGUGGAGGGCCUGAAACCUGACACGCUUUACAAAUUCUCUCUGGCAGCCCGCUCUGAAAUGGGCUUGGGGGUCUACACUCAACCCAUUGAAGCCAGAACUGCACAGUCCACCCCCUCAGCACCUCCUCAGGAGGUGCGCCUGGUCAGCCUGAGCUCCACCAGCAUCAAGGUGAGUUGGGUGGCACCCCCGGCAGACAGCCGACACGGGGCCAUUGUGCAGUACACCGUGGCCUACCAGGCGCCCAAGGGCGAGGACUCAGAGCGACAUGAGGUGACAGGCAUCAAGGCGGACGCCACCAGCUAUGUGCUGGAGGGCCUGGAGAAGUGGACCGAGUACGAGGUUUGCGUGCGGGCGCACACGGAUGUGGGGCCUGGUCCAGAGAGCCCCGUCACCCGUAUCCGAACCAAUGAGGACGUGCCCGGUGCUCCACCCAGGAAGGUGGAGGCAGAAGCCGUGAACUCCACCGCUAUCAGGGUGAUGUGGAAAGCACCCCUCUCAGGGAAGCAGCAUGGGCAGAUCCGGGGCUACCAGGUCAUAUAUUCACGGCUGGAGGAUGGGGAGCCUCGUGGGCAGCCCAGCAUCAUGGACGUGGCGCUGCCAGAGGCCCAGUGGAAAAUUGAGGAGUCGACGGACUAUGAGGCCAUCAUAACGGGGCUGCUCUCCGAGACAUCGUAUUCGGUUACAGUGGCAGCAUACACCACCAAGGGGGACGGAGCCCGCAGCAAGGCCAAAGUGGUCACCACUACUGGAGCAGUGCCUGGGAAACCCACCAUGAUGAUCAGCACCACCAUUGGGAACACAGCCCUCAUCCAGUGGCAACCACCCAAAGAGAUGGUGGGCGAGCUUAUGGGCUACAGACUGCAAUACAAGAGGGACGAGGAGGAGACUUACAUCGUUAAGGACUUCAGGAAGAUAGAUGAUCACUAUACAGUCACAGGCCUGCACAAGGGUGCCACCUACGUCUUCAAGCUGUCUGCCAAGAACCGAGCAGGUACCGGGGAGGAGUAUGUGAAGGAGAUAACCACACCAGAUGAUGUGCCGAGUGGCUUUCCGCAGAACCUGCGUGUGGUGGGCCUUACAACGACCACAACCAAAUUGGCCUGGGACCCUCCGCUGCUGUCGGAGCGCAAUGGGCGGAUCUUGCAGUAUGUCGUGGUGUACCGCGACAUCAACAGUCAGCAGAAUAGCACCAACACCACCACCGAGACGCAGAUGACCGUGCACGGCCUGCGGCCUGAGACCACGUACGACAUCCGUGUGCGUGCAUUCACCAGCAAGGGUGGGGGGCCCCUCAGUCCCAGCAUCCAGAGCAGGACCAUGUCCACUGCACCCGCGUUUGCCUCAAACUUCGCCGUGAAAUCCGUGAUGAAAACCUCUGUCCUGCUCACCUGGGAGGUCCCAGAGAACUACAAGUCCCAAGUGCCUUUCAAGAUUCUGUACAAUCAGCAGAGUGUGGAAGUGCAGGGCAACCUGAAGAGGAAGCUAAUCACCAAGCUGCAACCUGAUACAAACUACUCCUUUGUGCUGAUGAGCCGAGGCUACAGCGCAGGGGGUCUGCAGCAGCAGGUGUCCAUCCGCACGGCCCCUGAUGUUCUCCGGACCAAGCCCGUGCUGUACAACCGGAGUCAUGAGGAGGGCGGCAAGCUCACUGUCAACCUGCCCAAAGUGCAGAGCAAAGCAGCCAUCAGGUGGUACUACAUUGUGGUGGUGCCAAUCCCAUCAGCCACAUCCCGCCACUUGGAAAACCCAGAUGAUUUAGAGCUGGAUGAUCUCUUGGAGACCAGUGAGAGCUCCGCCCUGAGGAGGCGACGGCGGCGGCAGGCUAACUCUGUCAAGCCCUACAUAGCUGCCAAGCUGGCCACACUGCCCGAUACCUUCACCCUGGGUGACGAGAAGAACUACAAUGGUUUCUACAACAAGCCCCUUCCCAGCCAGCAACAGUACCUGUGCUUUGUCUUGGCGGCCCUCAAGGACCAGGAUUCGAAGACAUUUGCGGCUAGCCCCUACUCAGACCCCAUCAAGGUGAGCCCCCGCAUGUCUGCUUCCAUCGAGGAGCCCGAGAUGCUGUGGGUAAUGGGUCCUGUCCUGGCCGUGGUCCUCAUUGUCAUCAUCGUCAUCGCCAUCCUGCUCUUCAAGAGCAAAGAAGAAAGGAAGCGGGCGUCCCCUUCGCCCAAGGACGAGAACCCCGGUGGUGUGAAGGACUGCCUGCUGGCCAAUUCCUCGGACCCUGUGGAGAUGAGGAGGCUGAACUACCAGACCCCAGGUCCCAGUGCCCCCAGUUGCCCGAACACUCCAAGCAUGAGGGAGCAUCCACCGAUCCCUAUCUGUGACCUGGCUGACCACAUUGAGCGACUAAAGGCCAACGACGGCCUCCGCUUCUCACAGGAGUAUGAGUCCAUUGAUCCUGGCCAGCAGUUCACAUGGGAGAAUUCCAACUUGGAGGUCAACAAGCCAAAGAAUCGCUAUGCAAAUGUCAUUGCCUACGAUCACUCCCGGGUGAUCCUCUCCUCCAUCGAUGGUGUUCCCGGAAGCGAUUACAUCAAUGCCAACUACAUUGACGGCUACCGCAAGCAGAAUGCCUACAUUGCCACACAGGGCCCACUGCCUGAGACACUGAGUGACUUCUGGAGGAUGGUAUGGGAGCAGAGGACCUGCACCAUUGUGAUGAUGACCCGGCUGGAAGAGAAGUCCAGAGUGAAGUGUGACCAGUACUGGCCAAUCCGAGGCACAGAAACCUACGGUAUGAUCCAGGUGACCAUGCUGGACACAGUGGAGCUGGCAACCUAUAGUGUGCGCACCUUCGCUCUUUAUAAGAACGGCUCCAGUGAGAAGAGGGAGGUCAGGCAGUUCCAGUUCAUGGCCUGGCCCGACCACGGAGUCCCAGAGUACCCGACCCCUAUCCUGGCCUUCCUGCGCCGCGUCAAGGCCUGCAAUCCGCCGGACGCUGGGCCCAUGGUGGUGCACUGCAGCGCUGGUGUGGGCCGCACAGGCUGCUUCAUAGUCAUCGAGGCCAUGCUGGAGCGGAUGAAGCAUGAAAAGUCGGUGGACAUCUAUGGCCAUGUGACCUGUAUGCGAGCCCAGCGCAACUAUAUGGUGCAGACCGAGGACCAGUACAUCUUUAUCCACGAGGCCCUGCUGGAGGCAGCCACCUGUGGCAACACGGAGGUGCCUGCCCGCAAUCUUUAUGCUCACAUCCAGAAGCUCAUGCAGGUCCCAACGGGGGAGACAGUCACCGCCAUGGAGCUGGAGUUCAAGAGACUGGCCAACUCCAAGGCUCAUACCUCACGAUUCAUCAGUGCCAACCUCCCCUGCAACAAGUUCAAGAACCGCCUGGUGAAUAUCAUGCCCUUUGAGUCAACCCGAGUGUGUCUGCAGCCCAUCCGGGGGGUGGAGGGCUCGGACUACAUCAAUGCCAGCUGCAUCGAUGGAUACAGGCAGCAGAAGGCCUACAUAGCCACACAGGGCCCCCUGGCUGAGACCACGGAGGACUUCUGGAGAAUGCUGUGGGAACACAACUCCACCAUCGUGGUGAUGUUGACCAAACUGAGGGAGAUGGGCCGAGAGAAGUGCCACCAGUACUGGCCCGCAGAGCGCUCUGCGCGGUACCAGUAUUUUGUGGUUGACCCCAUGGCAGAGUACAACAUGCCCCAGUACAUCCUGAGGGAGUUCAAGGUCACUGAUGCCAGGGAUGGCCAGUCCAGGACCAUUCGCCAGUUCCAGUUCACUGACUGGCCCGAGCAGGGAGUGCCAAAAACCGGAGAGGGGUUUAUUGACUUCAUUGGCCAGGUGCACAAAACCAAGGAGCAGUUUGGGCAGGAUGGACCAAUCACUGUGCACUGCAGUGCUGGUGUGGGCCGGACAGGAGUCUUCAUCACCCUCAGCAUCGUUCUGGAGAGGAUGAGAUACGAGGGUGUGGUUGACCUGUUCCAGACCGUCAAGACGCUGCGCACCCAGCGGCCAGCCAUGGUGCAGACAGAGGACCAGUACCAGCUGUGCUACCGAGCAGCACUGGAGUACCUGGGGAGUUUUGAUCACUAUGCAACGUAACCACUCCUGGACAGCCCCCCCGGAAAUCCCUUCAGGAGUGCCAAGUGUUCCUUCUGAGCCAUUUCCACCCACCUGAUUCUGUACAGAGAGCUGCCAGAGGGGAGGGGAAUGGAGCAGCCGGCCAGCCUUCCAUCCGAGCGGUCCACCUGGAAUGGCACAGCGAGAUUGCUUUAAAACCCUCCGUAGAAACCAACAACCUUGAACGGCAGUCUGAUACAACACUGCACACAACAUAUCCCUCCCUUUCCAUUCACUACAGGCAACAUGGAAGCAUUAUUUUGCCUAUUUUAUUAUCAUUAUCAUUUAUAUUGUUAUUGAUAUAUUUAGAUUCUUGUUUUUUUUAUAAUCAUGUAAUUUUUUUCUUUUAGUCUUAAUGGCCCUAUCUAUUCGUCUGUUUUCUAUUUUUUUCCAUAAUUGGUACAUUUUUUUCUUUUAAUUUUUCCAUAUUUUGUAGGUUAUUUAGCACAAGGGACAUGUAUUUUUAACAUGUCCCUAGAUACUAAUACAAGAGGACUUCUGUUCUCUAAGCUGCUGUCAAUUUUUUUUACCAUGAUUUUAUUAUUAUUCUUAUUUUUUGUUUUCCUUGUCUUAUACAGUGGAAUGGGGGAUUUUAUAAGUCUUUUCAAUUCCUGGUACUUUAUAAAAAGAAGUGAAUAAUAGAAAACAAAUAUAAAGCAUAUGCCAGAGUUAGUGGUACUAUAUAAAUCCAUUAGGAACAGAACAAUGAAUCAAUUAACUAAAGAAAAGAUAUCAGCUGUGUACAGAUUCUAACUUUGUUCUCAAUAGCUGUUAACUGUGACUUCAUAAGGAACCUAUGUCACUCCAAGACCACUAUUCACAGUGAGGAAUGGCGUUGGGAAGAACAGGCGAUCGCAGUCUCCCUCAAAACCAGUAGUGAGGCCCUUUUUUUUUUUCCUGAAGCCUACACCCCCUCGGCCCCCUUCCUUGUGGGCUAAUCACCAGAUCUGUUGGUUUGGGCAGAACCAGGAAGAGCAGAACCCCAAACAGGCGGGGUGAUGGACAGCACCCCACGCAACAGAGAAUAACACCCAACUGUACAGUGACGGUCACCCUCCAGGGGACAAGAGAAGCCUUGCACCCCUUGGACAGGCCUGCUAUUAUUUUUAUAAAUACAUAAAUAUAAAUAUAUAUAUAUACAUAUAUACAUUUGUUGCCAUCCUGCAACAGCAUUAACAAUUGUUCGAUAUUCCACUCAUAAAUAAUCCUUGAUUCUCUCGACAAAUCGACACUAGGGAUGACGGCAAAAAGAGACUUGUGUCACUGAAUUUGUAUUAAUGGUACAAUGCUAUAAACUACUGUAUUAUGAAGUUGCCACCCGAGGCCCAGGAAGUGAGGCAUCUUGGCAGGGUGUGGCAGCACAAGCCAGUGGUGGAGGAGUUCUACAUAUAAUCCAGUGUGCUCGCUCAGCAGUGCAUUUCAAGACAAGGGACUGAAAUAUUUGCGGGAAAAUUAAAGUUCAUUUUUACCUUGUGUAUGCAUAGUGCUGUAGGGGUUCAAUCUGUUGAAUACACAGUCUGUUUUCUAUUUGUUAAUAAAAGGAAAAGCGUUGCAAAAACUCCUUGAUGUUAAUAAAGUUGAAUAAUUGGGUUUUGUACAACUCAUUUGUCACGCCUCUUUCCCUUCUCUGUCUUCUAGCAGAAUGUUUCAGCUGCCAAUUUUCUGCAGUCUUUUAGAGGCCACACCUCUGCCUCCCCCUCCUCAGGUAGGGGCUGCUGGCCAAUCCUGGAACCUCAGGCACCGUGGCACACAACUGUCUUCACUUUCUACCUCACAACGGUCCAGCCAGAGAUGGUUGACAGGGUGCUGUGUUGUCACCCGCCCCAAGAUGAUGCUGUAGAGCAGC